AUGAGUUCUCAAGCCGAGACCGGUCUUACCCUAGCUGGCCGGUACUUGGUGCCAUUCUUCCUGCUGUCGUUUCUUUUAUGGAGGAAACUAGUAAAUGAUACUGUGCAAGAGCCCUAUCUCGAUGAGGUCUUCCAUGUUGGACAGGCUCAGACCUACUGGAGACAUGAUUGGUUCAAUUGGGACCCCAAAAUAACCACACCUCCAGGACUAUAUCUAUGGUCUUACCUUGAUUGUACUGGUCGUUCGUUGCUGAAGGGAUCUUCCGAUGUGGUCAGUGUUUUUGACUUGCGAUUUACAAAUUCAAUUGCUGCAGCUUUUCUCCUGCCAUGGCGUCUUCAGACGCUGUUGGAUUUGAUCAGAAAAGAGAAAAACACUCGAGCAGCUGGAGCUUGGCUUAGCCAUACCGUUUUGAAUAUUUGCUUAUUCCCUCCGUUGUUCUUCUUUUCGGGGUUGUAUUACACUGAUAUUCUUGCUCUGAUCGUCGUAAUUCAGGCAUAUAUCUGGGAUACGGAAAGAUCGGAUGCGAACGGUCAGAAAAAGACAGCAGUUGAUGCUUUACGUUGUCAUGUGUCACUUAAGACCUUGGCUUUCAUCACAAUUGGAUGCAUAGCUCUUGUGUUCAGACAGACAAAUAUAUUCUGGGUAUCAGUGUUUAUGGGAGGCUUACAGGUUGUGCGCACUAUUCGGCAAAACACGAAGUCCUGUGGACGUUCUGGACCGCUUGAGAUCAUGGCAAAGAGCUUUCAGGCCGAAUUAUAUGACCCACUUGUGGAAGAAGCCAGCCUUGCCGACUACUUGAAGACCGGACUGUCAUUAGGAUGCGCUGCCCUGAGCGAAUUGCCUCUCGUGGUAGCAUCCAUCAUUCCACACCUCAUCAUACUAGGAGCAUUUGGUGCUUUUGUAUUAUGGAAUGGCGGCGUUGUCUUGGGACAUAAAGAGUUUCAUACAGCUGGUAUCCAUUUACCCCAGAUGCUAUACAUCUGGCCAUACUUCGUCUUCUUCUCCUUCCCUCUUAUCUCGAUAGGCGUUCUCAAUGCCGUUGUUCCUCGACGCUUUAUUCCAAAAUAUCUCGACUAUAAUUUGAGCAAUGCCCACAGACUUCCAUCAAUCCUUACAGCAUUGGCUAUCAUCCCCUUGAUGUCAGCAGCCGUACAUUUCAACACUAUUGUGCACCCCUUCACAUUAGCCGACAAUCGACAUUAUGUUUUCUAUGUCUUUCGAGUUCUGACUAGGGUCCACCCCGCAGUCAAAUAUGCUGCUGUCCCGGUUUACUUAUUGUGUGGAUGGGCUGUUCUUGCUGCAUUCGGAUUAUUCUCGCCUCCACCACCUAAAGCUCCUCCAAUCCAAAUAGCAACUCCACAGGAGGGAUUCCCUUCAUACCCCGAGACCCAAAAGCCAAGCAAAAGGCAAGAAAAGGAAGCAAAGAAACAACAGAAGAAGCAAGAAUCGAAAACCAACAGUGACAAAAAGUCUCCUUCCACCGUUGCCAAGUUAAAACAAUCAGACCAACAAACUCACGUCCUCACUCCAGAACUUCUGGCCAAGAUCCAAGCGCAUAUUGCGCUCCGCCAACAACAACGUGACAACCAACGAGUUCGUGUCAGUUUUGUGCUCAUCUGGCUCAUUGCAACUUCCCUUUCUCUUAUCACUGCGCCUCUCGUUGAGCCUAGAUAUUUUAUUAUCCCCUGGGUCAUCUGGAGAUUGCACCUACCACGCCAACCGACUCCAGAGGUGUUUAAAAAGGAGCAGCGAUCCAGCUUCAAGGCACAAAUCUUCACUGCGUUGCCUGAGAUUAUGGAGACCGUUUGGUUUUUGAUUAUCAAUGCAGUUACUGGGUAUGUGUUUUUGUAUAAGGGGUUUGAAUGGCCACAGGAGCCUGGGAAGGUUCAGAGAUUCUUGUGGUAA